AUGAGUACUAAUAGGACUGAGAAGGGUCUAUUAUAAGAUUGUUAUUUUGGACCUUCAAUAGAAUAAUCUGAAGUGAAUGUGUAUAAAAAAAAUUCAUCCUCAAGAAAUUCAAUUACUUCAGAAACAAGUUAAAAAGAAAAUGAAAAAGAAAAAGAAAAAGAAAGUUUAAAAAAAGUUGGCAUAGCAUCUUUAAAUUAUUAAAUCUUGAAAGCAAAGUAAUAAUUCACUAAGAAAAAUUAAAACCUUUAGCCAUCUUAAAGUAAUUUUAUAAAGGGUAGUAGAAGAAAUUUAUUUGAAGGUAAGAUCUAAUAAGUUGAUAAAAUUGAAAAGACAAACAAACCAGACACAUUUAAUUUUAUUAAAACAAUAAUAAAAUCGAACUUGAUUAAUAAAUUUAAACAUAACUUGCUUUCUUCCUCUUAUGUCUUACCAUAUGGUAUGAAAAAAAUAUUAGAAAAUGAUGGAUAUUUAUAAGAAUAAAAAGACAAAGUAAAAUCAACGAAUUGUGUCAUUGAAAUGUAAUAAUAUAUUUUAUUAUAUGAGGCAGUAAAAUUAGAAACUGCAAUAAAAAAAUCAAAAAUUAAUUAACCUAUUAAUGCCAGAUAGAAACUUCACUUUAGUUUGGGAUUUAAUUUCAUUGUUAGUCUUAUUUCUGAGUCUAUUUUUAUGUACAUUAAUUGCUUCUUUUGGUUAACAUUUGAAUACAUUUAAGCCUACAGAAAUUAUGAUAAAUAUAUAUAUAAUUGUGGAAAUUUUGUUUUCACUUUAUCGACCAAUCAUUUUGAAUGGUGAAGUUGUUUUUGAAAUUUCAUAAAUAUGGAAAAAUUAUUUGAAAACUUAACUGUUAGAAGAUGUGAUCAGUUUUACUAUAUGGUUUUUAGUGUACUUUGAUUUUGAUAAACAAAUUUUCUUAAAUGAAAUAAUGGUAGUUAUAUAAUUUGUAAUUACUAUUAGAAAGAUAGAUCGAAAAUUUAAUAUAUUAAUAGAGCAAUUAUAUUUAAAAGGGUUUAAUAGUAAUCUUCUUAAUAUAGUCACUUUAGUAAUCAUAAUUUGUUUUUUUGCUCAUACAAUGGCAUGUUUAUGGCAUCAUGUAGGAGAUCUAACAUAAUAAUAUGGAUCAUGGUUGACAUAUUAUAAUAUAAUUGAUGAAACCUUAUGGGCGAGAUAUAAUUACUCAUUUUAUUGGGCAACAAUGACAAUGGUAACAGUCGGUUAUGGUGAUAUAACACCUAAAAAUUAGUUUGAAGUGACAUUUGCAACAAUAAUGAUGUUAUUUUCAAGUUGCAUGUUUGCUUAUACAAUGAAUUCUAUUGGAGUAAUUGUAAAAACUAUUUAUGAUUAAUAAACAAAAUUCAAGUAAAUUUUAAUUUAUAAUUAUAAGACGAACAUUAAUCUUAAUGAAUUAGUUUAUGUCUAAGAAUGAAGUUGAUUCAUAAAUAUAAAGAAGAGUAAAAAAUUAUAUCAAAUAUAAUAUUGAAAAUGACAUACUUGAAAAUUAAGAGGAUACAAUUAAAAUUAUUAAUGAUUUACCAGUUAAUCUAAAAAAAUAAAUUGAAUAAGAUAUUUAAUAUAGAGCAAUCUUAAAAAUUAAAGUGUUUACUGAUAAUUUCUCAACUUCAACUUAAAAUAAACUAAAAAAUAUCUUAAAUGAAGUAAAGUCAACUCCUAAUGAUUUCAUUUAUCAUAGAAAUGAUAAUAAAGAUAAAUGUUUGUAAAAUUACAUAUUCAUUUAGAUAUUUCAUUAAAGAAGGAGAAGUUUAAAUUGUAGAAGAAUAAAGUUAAAAAAUCAUCAAGGUUUUCAAGGCUGGAGAAACAUUUGGAGAAUAUUAAUUCUUUACAGGUUAAAAUACUAAAGAAUCUAUUAUGAGUGUUGGAUUCACUUAAUUAUUUAAAAUAGAUAGAGAUUAAUUUAUAACUAUCAUAAAAUAAAACUCUAAAGAUUUUGAAAGAUUUCAUAGAAUAAAGGACAAUAUUUUAUAUACAAAAUCAUUCUCAGCUAUUUAAAUAAAAUGUCAAUUUUGUGGCUAAUUUACUCAUAUUCAUCUUGAAUGUCCAUUUAUAACUUAUUAACCAAAUUUAUAUAUUAAAAUUUUAAAGUUGAAUUAAUCAUAAACUAAUUAUAGGUUUUAUUAAAGUAGAUCUGGUUAGAAAACUAAAUCUACCUUGAUUUUUAAUACAAUUUAAUAAGCCAUAAAAGAAAUCUAAGAAGACUAUGCAGAUUCCUUUAAUACAGAUAAUAUGCUUACAUAUUAAGUUUCAAACUCUUUGAGUUAUCUUUAAGAGUCUCAAUAAGUAAUAGAUUAAAAAUAAAUAUCAAACAAAUCAAUUUCAAAAUAAGAGUAAAAUAAAUAUAUGCUUCCAGAAAAUAGAAGAGAGUCUCUUUUUCCUAAAAAAAUUGAAAGUGAAAAACACAAUAAAUCUUAAAUAUUUACAAAGAAAAAGCCAUCUUUAAUAGAAAAUGAAAAAAGGAAAACUUAAAUAAAAGAAACAUUAAUUUUUUAAUAAUUAGAUCAAUUUCAAGGAUACUUUCAUCAUUCAGAAUAAGAAGGAUUUGAUAAAAUUCAUAAUUUUACAGAAUAUCUUCCUCAUAACAAUUUUAAUAAUGUAAUAAAAUAACUCUAUAAAGAAAAAUAUAAAAAUAAAAAUACAAAAUUGCUUAGAAGGGAAUUUAGUAGAAGAGAUUAAUGA